GAGUUGAAGGGAUUGAUAACAAACUUACAUUCACUGGAGUUAUCUGUGCUAUCGUGUGUGUACUGUAUAGACGGCCGUUUCGCCAGACUGAGAGGUGUCUGAUAGGUGUGAGAUGACUCCUCAAAGGUAAUGAUAAAUAUUAAAAGUCUUGAAAGUGUAUCGUACUCGAGUGAUUUGUGUUUAUGUAAAGCAUUACGCCAAUGAAUGGACCUGUGACCGACCUCUUUUGCGGAGGCCUUGUUAUUUAGUUCAGUUGGUCAAGAGCCACACCCAGUUGAUCUUUUUUAGGUUAGAAUUCAGGCAUUUACUCAGAUACUGACAUCUGGUCUAUUGCUGUUCCGAUUUAAAGAAAAAAGGCUUUGAUUGAAGAAGAGCAGAAGUGCUUAUGUUACUGUCCCACUAACCCUAUUUAAUGAACAAAAUAGCAAACAAUGCACAACACUGAAAUCACUUCAAGAAAGGGAACAGGAUGGAUGUUAGACGAUUGCCUCGUAGCACUUUCUGAAGGGAUUUUUCCCCAAUCCACAAAGGUCCUGUUGAAAAGGACAGUGGGUCUCCGUCAAGAGCCACUUUGAGUGCAAAGUCACUCUAGAUUGAACUCCUGAUUGUUUCACUUCAAUCAAUUGAACCUCGCUAUGCAGUCGGUCGGCGAACACUGUUCUUUUGAAGCUCCACAAAAUUUCAACAUUUAUAACUUGCGUCCAAACAGUAGAGGCACAGAACCAGAUGGAGCCUUUGCAACUCUGCAAAAUAAACAGCAAGAAUAGGCGAGGAGAAGGCCAGGGCUAAGAUGUCUGGAGCAUGAGAGGACAGGGAACAAUUUAAGGUGGUAGCUCUCCUUGAAGUGUCAAGAACAAUAAAAUUGAAGCCGGGCAGAGAAUCCAAAAGAGGCUGUGCGCUGAAUCAGUCUGCUACAAGCUAGCCUCAGCUCAGUAGAUGUUAAAAGCAGCAGGUGCAAGAAGGUGGUGGUGAAGAGGAGACAAUCGGGAUCUGUGGCGGUAAUGUGAAGUGGGUUGAGGUUUUGUGACAGUUUCUUUAACUUCCUACUGUCACCUGGUUUGGUAAUCGUCAUUCUGACACGUCACAUCCCCGAGUCAUGUCAGCCAGCUAUGACCAUAGAUUCAUGGUAUAUGAGGGCGGAUAAAAGUGCAGAAACCCAAGGCUUCCUUUUGCUUCCUGCUAAUCCUAAUUCAACAACUCAUGCCUGCAGUAUUGAACAAGAAUGCGAGUUAGAUUGGUGUCAGAAAAAAAGGUCACCAAAACGAUCCGUGCCCUUGUGAGAGUUUGACCAUGCCAAGAGCGUAUGUCAAUCUUCCUGAGGGUUCACUGGUGCAAUCAGUUCCCCAAAGUUUUUUGCAUACAGGCGAAAUGUUGAACAGUUCAAGUGGGGUCUCGCUCAAAAUUUGUUUUGGUUGAGCAUCUGUAAAAGGAAUGGGAUAUUAGUCUCCAUUUUAAUGAAUGGACUUACAUUUUUUUAGCGUCUCUGUGAGUGAAAGUAUGUCCAUUACCCUCCUUCUCCAAGAAUCCCUCAGGUUUUUCUUUUUAUGGAGGUUUGCAAGUGAUUCUGAAUCUAGCUUGUUCAAAACAAUGACAUUAAAUGACAUUGGGGUUUGCCGCUGGCCCCCGAACCCUGGGUUUGACUGGUUUUGACACUUCUUGGUGCCUUAGUUUCUUCCUAACCGUACAACUAUCCGAUCCCUUAUCUUUGCAAGCGUUUCUUCUGCUCUACUUUGUGAUUUGCUGUGCUUUUUCCCGAUGAUUUUCGAUGGUUUGUUCUUACCUUUGCGUGUCUUUGAGUUUCUGUCUGUGCCUUUGGGAGUCUCCUCCACGCUUUCUGAUUGUCCCUGUGCCUCGUGAGAUUCAUCCUUGUAUUUCAUCAUAGGUGCCCUCAUCGGUGUUUUAUCAGUACGACGUGCUGUUGUGAACUUUUAUCCUUGUCUUGAGUCAAGAGUCACAACAAAAGUGAAAAAGUCAAAAUGGUUGACAUUUAUUUAAAGCAUCAGCGGCAACCAGUGGCGUGGGAGCUGCGCUUGAAAGCCUGAGUUUAACAUCUGGGCUGGCCCGACGAUCCUAUUGGGUUCCACCUGCCGUGGUAUCAAAUGGACAAGUAUAUGCUUGCGUGCAUAUAUGGGUCAUCAUCGACGGGAUUCAGAUGAUGUCGAAAACGGCAUCCGAACUUUUUUUCUGGACCCAUGAUAGCGAAGGAGAAAUUCUGUAUUGUUUGAAGUAUCCCAGAUUAGUACACCUUUUUUUAAACAAUGGUGACGCAUACUCUCCAAACUUGCGUCAAACUGGGAUUUCAGAAGUUGCACUCGUCGAUGUGUAAUUGAUUAAGAACGCCUGUGACCUCACUUUGCCUCGGUUCUUCUCUGCCUUGAAUGUCCCCAUCUUUCCUGUGAGAUGAUUUAGGCAUCUGUGUCCAGGGGCAAGUGGCAGAAGUGGCUUCAACCUAAUUGUCUUUCUCCACUCGUACUGUCCUCAAAUGACUUUCUACCCCCCCUCCCUUGCGUCUCUCUAGCUCUGCCCAGUCUCUGUCUCUGUCUGUAACUGUAGCCUGUGUUUUUCUCUCCCUCCCACUCCCUGCGACGUAUAGAUACUGCAUUGAUCAGACACACGCGCCUAGACACUCGCGCGCCUGGACGUGCUCGCACACACACACACACACACUUGCUGAAACCUCCCACUCCUUUCAUCAUUGAUUCGCUCUGCUCUCUCUCUCCCCCUGACAUUCUCUCUCUCUCUGUCUGUGUCUCUCUCUCCCUCUCUCUUUCUCUCUCUCCACUGGCACUUGUUGAAUUAAACCCUCGGAGAAUAGAGAGAGAGGGGAGAGAAAGGGAGAGAGAUAAUGACAGGGAGGCAGAGGAGGGCUUUUGAGACGCUGUUGGAACAGACAACGAGCAGAGAGAAAUGGGGCUUUGGAGCAUACAGAGAUAGAAGAUAGAUGCAGUCGGACAGCAGAGCGGAUCAUUCUAGAGACAGUGGGAAUGACACUUUGAAGCAGCCGGAGUACAUCAUCUUAAACUACAGCUCCUCUGUCCCGGCCUGUGUGUUUGCGUGCGCCAAGCUGCUUCUCGUCCAGGAGCUCACACAGGUCAGAACUGUCGACUGUCUGGGCACAUUUCUCUGCAUGUGAAGGCGACUGAGGGAAAGUUGUGUCCUGGCUCCUCCAGAUGCCUUUCUCGCUGGCGCUGCCUGCCGUAAAUAGCUGAAGCCCAAUCUUCCCUCGUUCUCUGUGUCCAUCAUGUCCCAGCUGCUCCAUGUGGAGAUCCCGAACUUUGGAGCCACAGUCUUGGGCUCCCUCAAUGAGCAGCGGCUUCUGGGACACUACUGUGAUGUUUCCAUCCUGGUCAAAGGUCAGGCUUUCAAAGCCCACCGGGCUGUUCUGGCCGCCAGUAGCCUCUACUUUCGUGACCUCUUCAGCACCUCCACCAAGACCCAGUUCGAGUUGCCCUCCUCUGUCACACCCGCCUGCUUCGAGCAGAUCCUCACCUUCUGCUACACAGGGAAGCUCACAAUGGCGGCCAGUGAACAGCUGGUGGUCAUGUACACAGCUGGCUACCUCCAAAUCCAACACAUCGUGGAAAAAGGCAUGGACCUCAUGUUCAAGGCGAACUCCCCUCAUUGCGACUCACAGACAGCGGGGUCCAUGGAAGAAACAGGGUCUGAGCCUCAGAGCCCGUGUAACAACGGGAAUGGUUUAGCCGUGGCUGCACUUUUGGCAAACUCUGGCUGGUCCCAAUCCCUUCUCAUGCCACAGCGGAAGAUCAAACUGGAGGGGGGGGACCCCACGCCUCUCACGGUUCCCUCCUCACAGAGCAAGACCUCAUCGUCAGAGCUGGGGAGUCGUCUGACUAGGGCCAGUUUGUUUUACACCACAGCUGGAGGAACCCCCAUCCCUGGCAUGCUGCCGUACCACCUCCAAGGUGCUAGUGGGACCGGAACCGGUGUCGAGAGGUCCAGUCCUGGUGCGUCUAGUCUACCCACUACUGACAGUCCCACUUCCUACCAGAAUGAGGAUGAGGAGUUUGAGGAAGAGCCCUAUGAUGGAAUCAUAGAGGACGCCUACAGUCACAUCUACGGACGUUCUGCGAACCCUUAUGGAAUGCAGGACAAGACAGAGAUGGCUGCGGUACCUCUGGCGUUGGAGAACCGCAACUGCGUCCUGAUCCGCAGGGACCUGGUGGCGCUACCUGCCAGCCUCAUCAGCCAGAUCGGGUACCGAUGCCACCCGAAGCUGUACACGGAGGGCGACCCUGGGGAGAAGCUGGAACUGGUAGCUGGUACACAGGUGUUCAUGACCCGUGGUCAGCUGAUGAACUGUCACCUAUGCGCCGGAAUCAAACAUAAAGUUCUGCUUCGUCGUCUCUUAGCGACGUUCUUCGACCGGAACACUUUAGCCAAUAGCUGUGGGACAGGUAUCCGCUCCUCCACAAGCGACCCGAGUCGGAAACCCCUGGACAGCAGGGUCCUCAACGCUGUCAAACUCUACUGUCAAAAUUUCAACCCAAACUUCAAGGAGAGUGAAAUGAAUGUGAUUGCUGCUGACAUGUGCACCAACGCCCGGCGCGUCCGUAAGCGGUGGCUCCCCAAAAUCAAGUCCAUGUUGCCCGAUGGCAUGGAGGUGUACCGUGCCGGAAUGGGCAUGGGUGCUGCAGUGGGGCUUGGUCUCGCACUCGGCACCCCUCAGCAAGGCGUCCCCCUGCCCUUCGAGCCUGAUUUCAAAUCGCUGGAGCAACGACUAUAUCCGGACCGCAAAGACCCCCUUAGGACUCACCCGCCGCUGACAGAAGGCAGCCCGGGGUCCGGGGCGAACGGGGCUGACGCCGAAGGUGAGACCAACGGAGUCGCUCAGGAGGAGCACGAGGAGGACGAGGAUGAAGCCGGAUUAGAAGACGUAGACGGGUCUCUGGGGGCAUCAACUUUGAUCCCUGGAGCCGAAGCAAGCGCUUGUGAUGACACGCCGCCCGAGCAGGAAGUGGAAAGUUUUGGACAAGGCCUGAGAGUAAACGGACAGUGAGCGUCCGGUCAGUUCUAAGUCGUAUUUCGUGCUUGCUCUCUGUACUCCCACAUCUCCACCACGACUCUCUCUGCUCCUCUGUGCUUGGUCAACAAAUAUUUCAGCACAAAAGCUUCGCUCGUCGAUCGCACUGUACAGGAACUUGUCACACAUGCAUGUGCACAUGUGUGAUCAUGCAACGUCACUGACAGUGACCGCUGCAGCAAACUAGGAGCAGAAGUAGACACAGACAGCUGUUGGCUAGAAUCCACUCGUUUUGUAUGAACAAUGCGACUCGUGUCCAUUUUUGGCACGAUAAUAUGCAUUACUCAGCCAAAACUAAAGUAAAACUCUCUACGACAAAAGCGUCAAACCCACUUCUACAGUUUAUUAAAGACAGUUUUCCUAAAUAUUUUACAAGUUUGUAAUACAUGUUUGUGCUUCUUAGCUUUGUAUACCCGAAACCAGCAUCUGAGUGUGUAUUUGAUGAAGGGCAGGUAGGAAAAACCUCAAGUUAUCCACCCGUGUGGGUUUUAGAUGUAACAAUUUUCCCUCAGAUAAUUCAACAUUCCUCUUACCGAUAUCUUAUUGUACCCAAGUUAUAUUCCCGAGUAGAAUAUUAAUGUCAUGUUGUCACGCCCACUUUAGCCACCUCAAUAAUCGUAUUCCUACGUUUAAAAUGAGAGGCUCUUCUCUGAGUCUCUGGUGGAUGAUAAAGCUCCUCACAUAUCUCAUAUCAGUAAAUGGGGGAAACAAAAUGACGCUGCUUAUAACUGUUCUCACGACACGUUGUUCCAACAAUAUCUGAACCCAAAAAUUAUCUAAAAGUCAUUGCUCAAAACAGAUCAGCUAGUAUCAGAUGUAAAACAUUUCCAGUUUUGAUAAAUGCUUUGUCAGAUGGACUCGAUUAUGAUGCCUGUGUCUACUCCUGCUGCCGACAGAAUACACACACCCACACACGCGCACACACACGUCAACAAACACACAUAUUUAUCUUGCCAUCGAUAUCCGCAACAAUGAAUGAAAAAGAUAAAACGCAACAAAGCUCUUUCUUCCUACGUUCAGCAGUGGCUAAAACAAUGUCGCGGAGAUGCAGAGAGAAUAACAAUAACACGCACUAAAGCUUAUAUGCAUGACUACAAACAACGGACACAGAAGAUUAGCAGACAAUAAAUCCAGAAAAAUCGCACAGAGAUAAGGAAACGGCUGACACACCAAUAACACGCAGCGUUUUAAACCGAGUCUUUCUUACUGGGAUUUUACCUCAGUGUGACUGAACUGACGUGGGAGCGACCCAGGAUGUCUGACAUAGUGAUAAUCUGAUUUUUGUGUCAUCAUAAAGACGAGCAGUUUUGGGGAACGCACUACAGUGAGCGCAAUAACUGCCAGGGUGAGGCACUGUUUAACCAGACGUGCUGUGUCAUGAGUCCUGCUUCCAUUCUGUUCUGGAGGGGUGGGGGUAAAUUAUUAAAUCAAAUUGUAGGAACUUUUUCUGCUGGCUUGUUUGCACUUAAAAUGCUAAGAAUUUGGAAACAAUGGAGUUUGGCUGGAUGACUGAAAAAAAAAAUUUUUUUUUUUCUCGAUAGCUUGAUUGAAUCCCAGGAUUGUACGUUUAGAAGGAAUAUUAUCUUUCUAAAAUCGACUGUUUCAAGUGAUGAGGUGACGUCCGACCGGGACUUAAAACUGUCAUUUGUCUUUUUUGUAAUCCACAUCGAUGCAGUCCAAACUGCAGUCUGUUUACUAUAAUCCUUUUGGUGCGUUUAUUGUUAAUUUUAUAUUAUUUUACCAAUGUUUCAAAAACACAGGUUUGCACUGUAUCAAAUACAGCUUCAAUGUGCCCCGCAGAUUUGACACUUUUUGACAUUCUUCUGUUUGUUUUGAAGAGUCUUCAAAGAUGGUUCUGCAAGAGCAGGUUUCUUUUGCACUCACUGAUUAGAACAAUUUACCUUGUAUUUCUUUUCCCCGCCAAGAAAUGUGAACGAAGUUAAAGCUUUCUGGAUGUUGAAAGUCAAAUGUAUUCGUGUUAAAACUGUUUAAUAAUAUAAUUAUAAAAAACAGUGAAAGGAUAUUCAGUUUGAGUCCAGCAUAAUCUUGCCUGUCCCCACGGUUUUGUUCAGUUUUUAAAAAAUUGGACCGUAUUCUUCAUCUCUAUAUAGAUCCAAACUUUUUUUUACACAAUUAAGGAACAAAGGUUGUUCAUUGUGCGCCAUCUGAUGGCUGUGAUUCUAAUGUAGACGGGGAAAUUAAAUUUGGGGAUAUUAAGUUUCUGUCGAUAAGGAUUCAAAAUGUUUUUUUUGUGACUCUUAAUUUUGUAAGUCAUUCAUAUAUUUAGAAGACAGAACCAUGAACCAAGUGUCUUGAUAUAUCAUUUUUAGGAUGUGAAAAAAAAAGUUGGAAUUCUUUAGGUAAAUGUUCAGAAUCUAGGAUUUAGCAGGAUUUAGUCACAUUUUCAUGAAGUAAAAGACUGGAUAUAAUUUCUUUUUUUUUUUUGACAAUUUGUGUAAAUGAAACUCGUAAAUAUGGUUUGAUUUAAAAGAAAAAAGGAAAAUAGUUCUAUCUUUAAUUUAAUAUGUAAAGCAAAAUAAUUGCAAAAAAGGGACGAAUCUUCACCAAAACAUUUCAGAAUAAAAAUGACUUAAAAGUACCCAGAAUAUUUUCCAAAUUACUUGGGAGCAAAAUAUUGCUUAUUGAAACAUUUAAUAAGCUGAUUUGAUUUGAUUAUUUUUGAUGUGAUUUUUUUUUAACCAUUUAAUUUGUACUGUUUUGCAAUUGGUCACUUGCUAAAAUGCAUAGUUGAACUGCUGAGAUGAUGAAUGUAAACUGUAGCACUGCUUUAUCGAUGGGUCACAUACUGAUUUCUUUAAACUCAAUAUUUAACUUUAUCGAAACGUGCCAUAUAGUAUGAAUAAUUCAUGAGAACUGAAAGCUUUAGUCAUGUUGUGUCUUCCUACGUUUAGAACAAAGACGGAAAACCUGUGAUUUUGCUCCAUUCAAGAAUUCUGGGUCAGUUUUUUGGGGUCUGAAAUGAGACACCAAACAUAAUAAUAUGGGCUGAAUUGAUGUACUCCAUUGUGGAAGCAGUGCCUUAGACUGUGACUGUGCGGGUCUAGAUGUUGUGAUGUGCACCUUAACUGUAACCUAAAAUCAUACCACCAAUGGUUCUUGUAUUAUAUUCUAUUUUUCCUUGUAAUCACAGUGGCUGGCUUCAACACAGUUACACUUUAAUGUUCAGGACUUACAGUCUUGGUUCUACACAGUGUUUCUCAAUCAUCUGCAUUGAAAAGCUUGCACCUCAAGAUUUAUUCAAAACUCCAUCAGUCCAUCAGGGAUCCAAUCCAACUUGGGUCCUCUCUCAGUGGGGUCUGUAAGAAUUGUUUUCCUUUGGUCGCACGAUUCCCUCUCUAUGUGUAAGAGCAGAGAUAAAUCGAUGUCAUGAAGUACAUGUGAGUGAUUAUCUGAAUGUUAUCCUGAUGAACUGGUAACCUAAGGUGUCCCCCACUUCUUGUCCAAGUAGCAGGAAGAAAAUAAGCCCCGGAGUUAAUCUUGAGUUCAGCAUAUAGUAUAUAGCAGUCGAUGUUUUAGUGAACAUUUUGAAUACAGUGAAAAGCCAGCCACAUACAAACACCAUAGCAGAACCAAUCGAACGUUUUUAUCUCCCUCUUAUUUCGACUUUUUUUCUUUUCUGUCAGAUUUCCUCUUGAUUGUUUAAGUUGUCCGACACUGUUCCCUCAAAUCUCGCCCUUGUUUCCACAUAUAUUUUACUGAGAACUUCUCAGAGAAUGUCAUAGCCCAGCUUUGAGAGGACAAGCUGAUGACAUGUACACGUCGUGUUAUUGUUCAGCACAGACACUGUAGUUCAGAUUUGAAACACAGAAAUGUGUCUUUUGAAUUGUGUCGUUCGCCUGGGUGGUCAGUGGAAAUGUGUAUUUAAAAAAAGUAGGACAAUGGUUGUUUCGUGGAUUCCAACUGUUUAUUUCGUAAACAUGUUCACACCCUGUUGCUGUAAAAGUGAUGGACACAGUUAAUUUGAAGAACAUUUAUAUGCAAUGAGGUGCUUGUAUCAUAUGAAACUGCAUGCCAUUCAGACUCUAACCCAGUGAAACCUCUGAGAACUUUAUGCACCAUGUAUUUAUACAAAACAACAUUAGUCACUGUUAGUGAGUGGAGACUGAGGACACUUGCAGCGGGUGGGGUUGUGUUUUUAUCCGACACCCCGGCCUUUUAUUGAAUGUUUGUGUAAAGCUGAAUCCAGUGUCAAAGAGUCGAAACUACCCAGCUGAGUGUGCGAUUAGAAACUAGAGCAUACUCAGACCGAAAAAAUGCACUAAAAAGUUUGAAUGUGGAUGUAUUUGUCCGUGAAUAUAAUACCAGCACUUUAGAGCUAUUUAGAAAAAAAGAUAGGAAAAAAAAAACCAAUAUCACCGGGAGUGACUGAGGAUGAUGUGAGAGAGUUAAACUUUUAAAGCCAUGUGUUCAGAGCGCUGACAAUCAGAAGAGGGAUGCACUGUCUGGUGUGGGAGAUCUGACAUGAAAUGUUGUGCUCUUGCUGUUUGCUUUUGCCAUUCUCCAGCUCGCUUUGGUCUUUGCUAGCUCAACUUUCCAGCCUGGAGUGGCGGGAUAGUUUGGCCUCCAGCCUCUGUCUGGUCAUAAGUAUGUGUUUCUGCAACAAGGCGCGACUGAUCACUGACUGAUACCUUGGUGCUUUGCGAACAGAGCUGUCAUAUUGACAUGGACAAUAUAUCUCGAGCUCUGCUAAGCAUGUGGCCAGACGUGACCGCACGUCUGGACUCACUGGAAACCUCUGGAUGGACACCAGUCCGUGUGACAAAAGAGGACCUCGACAUACUUUGAUCAUGGAAAUCAAGGCUUUCAACUCAGCUUGGGCCAAGCUAACUGGGUUUGGAACUAUUUCAGUGUUGAUACUGCAUUAUGUUUCAUUUGAAAAAUGUUAAAAUGUUUAUGCGCCUUCUGAUUCAAGCAUCAAUAAUAUAUAUAAAUAUAUAUAUAUAUAUAUAUAACAGAAAUGCAAGUUGCCACCGUUGAUGUUGCAUAAAAAAAAUCUACCUUUCAUUCCCAUUAUGGUGUUUGCCAUCACCAGUUUCAGUUGUGUAGUCCGAGAUUACCUGAUUUCUUUAAAUGCAAUACGGAAAAAAAAAUGCUUUCUAAUAAAAGUCCUUAC